AUGAAGGCUGUUCUUCUCUUCUCUGCUCUCAUUGCAUGCAGUCUUGCCCAGUUUAGCGAAACUGCUAGACAACAAAUUGUGGAUGCUCAUAACACUCUAAGAUCUUCAAUUGCCAAAGGUACCUAUGUCGCCAAUGAAAUAACUAAACCACGUGGAGCGAAUAUUCUAAAAAUAAAGUGGGACUACUCUCUUGAAGCUUCAGCUCGAAUCUAUUCUCACUCCUGCACAGAUUGGUUUUCUAGUGUCAGUAGAGUUGGAGCGAACGUCUAUUACAAAUGGAAUCUAAUCGAAUCAUUGGAUUAUUUUGUCGUGUGGGGUUCGUGCUGCCAACAAAUGGGAGAAAGAGUUCCAAGAUUUCGGAUAGGAAACAUUUAUAACGAAGAAAUCUACAAAGAAGGAGACACCUGCUCGGCCUGUUCAUCGCCGACAAAGUGCGAGGAAGCUUCAGGACUUUUACAUAAUGUGUUGUUUGUGGUUUGCAAAAAUGACCCCUCAAAAAAUGAAAUGAAACGUUGUGUUGUUGUUUGUCUAUAUAAGAACCGAGAAAGCAUCUUACACCAAAAAAUCUACCAACAAGGAGCUACUUGCUUGGCCAGCCCAUAUCCGGCACAGAGCUGGGAUUUUACGUUUACGGAUUUUACGGAAUUUUGA